UUUAGGGAAGCGAAGARUAAAAGAUGGCGGAAAAGCACGGGUUUGAAGAAAUGAAAGGUUUCCAGGGCAAUGAAUACGAAGAUAACCCUUAUAAAAGAGCAAGAGUGGAUGCAUCAGGCUAUGGUAAUGCUGGAGAGAGGUCACCUGGGUUCCAAGGUGGUCAGGAUCGGCAUUAUGCGGAGCCAUCGCGGGUGGUUCACAUACGAGGCGUCGCUGAUGAAGCAAGAGAACAAGAUAUACUACAAUGUCUCAGCCCUUUUGGAAAGAUAGCUUGUAUUACGAUGAUGCCCAAGAUAAGACAAGCUUUGGUUGAGUUUGAGGAUAUUGAAUGUUCUUCUGAACUAGUUCAACAAGCACAGGCUGGAAAUCCUGUUUUACUUUGUGGACGAGCUGCUUAUGCAAACUUUUCCAAGAGUCAACAAAUUUCAAGAAAUGUUCACGCCAACCAGAACAGCCCACCAAAUAAGAUACUCCUUGUCACUAUAAUCAACCCUCAAUAUCCAGUAACAACGGACAUUCUAUAUACUAUCUUUAGCAAGCAAGGUGCAGUUCAAAGGAUAGUGAUUUUCAGAAAGAGUGGUCUACAGGCUAUGGUUGAAUAUGAUACUGUUGAAACAGCUCAAGCUGCUAAGGAUGCUCUUAAUGGAGCAGACAUUUAUACUGGCUGCAACACUUUAAAGAUUGAAAAUGCAAGGGCUCAACACCUGAACGUGUAUAAGAAUGACUCAGAAACAUAUGACUAUACACAAGAUAAAGGACCAGGUUUGGGUACUAAGCGAAAACAAGGUCUGUUAAGUCCUCCACCAGGGCCGCCAAUGUAUGGAGGUCAUGGUCAUGGUCAUGGUAUGCCGCCAGGACCUGCUGUUCAACAACCUAGCAUGUAUAGACCACCACCGUCUUCUGGUUGUGUGAUUAUGGUAUAUGGACUUGAUAAAGAUAGAAUGAACUGUGAUAGACUCUUUAACCUUUUGUGUUGCUAUGGAAACAUACUGAAGAUAAAGUUCUUGCUGGGUAAACCAGGAACAGCCAUGGUAGAACUGAAUGACCAUGUAGCAUGUGAAACUGCCAUUGAAAACCUAUCAGGUCUUCAUCUUUUUGGAUCUAAAGUAGAUUUUGGUUUCUCCAAGCAGAGCUUUUUGGUUGAACCAACCAACAUUCCUAACCUACCAGAUGGCACACCAUCAUACAAAAACUACGUUCAUUGCAAGAACCAUCGAUUUACUAGUGCUGCAGCAAGUAGCAAGAACCGUAUAUUUUCACCCACUAAAGUGUUGCAUUUCUUCAAUGCUCCUUUGGACUAUGAUAAGGAGAAACUUGAACAGAUGUGUAUUGAAAGUGGAAGCAAAACACCAAGCUUCAUCAAGAUCUUUACUCCACCAGGAAAUGCAAGAAGUGUGUCAGGAUUGAUAGAGUGGGCUACAGUAGAACAAGCAAUGGAGGCUAUGGCAGCCUGUAACCAUUUUGUUGUUAAAAACCCUUCUGCCAAGACUAUUUUUACCGUCAAACUAGCAUUCUCCUCCACCCCUAGUGCUUCAUAAAACAAGACACCAAGUUUAGCAUGGAAUAUGUGUGCCUGGAUAUAUCAGUAGCAUACAAUAGAAUGUGUUCUGUACAUUGACAUUAAAUAAGACUGCCCCAAAAUCCUGUGUUAUGUUGGGGUUUCAUAUUAGCUUAGUUAUCAGCCUAGUUAUUUCUUGACCUUCUUAGGUUUAGUAAAUUGUAUGAUUUUCUUUUUCUUUUAUUCUGCACUACUUUAAAGAUGACCCAAAAAAGAGACUAUAGUACCAAGUCAGUGAGGGAUCAGGGAUAUUAAAGCUUUUUGUUAGUUAUUUCCCUCUAUCCUGUGUUUAACUUGUUGUACACAAGAGACCGUGAUUGACUUGGGACCCUGAUCCCAAGGACAGGUAGAACCUUUGCUUGCAGGAUACCAUAGGUGAUGUCACUAGUUAGGGCAACAGCAAGUAGUCUACCAGAGGAAUGAUUUUCCAGAAUGUAUAAAUGAGCUGUUUUUAGCAUUUUUAGUGUUUUAAUGCCUGGAAAGAUGUACAUGAAUACCUUUUUUGCUACAAAAUAAAAAUGUACUUGUAAAUGA